GUGAUCUUUAAGGUCCCUUCCAACUCAAACCAUUCCACGGUUCCAUGAUUCUGUUCUAUGACCCUCAGCAACAGCAACAACACCACCACAGCUGUGUUGUUGUGUUUUAACAGCAGCUUUAAACUCCACCUGCUUGCGUCCCUCUCACCUCUCCCAUGUCUCCCCUCUGGCAGGUGACACCCUCAUAGUCGAGGAGGACACGUCCAAGCCCGACCCCGACCCGCCUGUGGUGGCCAAGAGAACCAUGUCCCACCCGCUCAGGGAGGCCGUGCCCGUGCUGGCCAGGAGGGUGGUCCCAGCAGACAAUUCCUGCCUGUUCACCAGCGUGUCCUACGUGGUGGAGGGCGGCGUGUACGACCCCGGCUGCGCCCCGGAGAUGCGGAACCUCAUCGCCCAGAUCGUGGCCAGCGACCCCGAGUCCUACUGCGAGGCCGUGCUGGGCAAAACCAACAGGGAGUACUGUGACUGGAUCAGGAGGGAGGACACCUGGGGGGGGGCCAUCGAGGUGUCCAUCCUGUCCAAGUUCUACCAGUGCGAGAUCUGCGUGGUGGACACGCAGACCGUGCGCAUCGACCGCUUCGGGGAGGACGCCGGCUACGCCAAGCGCGUCCUGCUGAUCUACGACGGGAUCCACUACGACCCCCUGGAGCGCCGGAUCCCCGACUCGGACAUUCCCCCCCAGACCAUCUUCUCCACGAGCGACGACGUGGUGCUGGCGCAGGCCCUGGAGCUGGCGGACGAGGCCAGGAGGAAGAGGCAGUUCACGGACGUGAACCGCUUCGCCCUGCGCUGCAUGGUGUGCCAGAAGGGACUCACGGGGCAGCUGGAGGCCAGGGAGCACGCCAAGGAGACUGGACACACCAACUUCGGGGAGGUGUGACACGGGCAGCAUGAGGAUGGUUCCAUCAACUACCUCACCGGUCCAGGAUCAGAUUCUGGAUUCCCCCCAGAUAAGCUGUUUUUGCAACCAUGAAAAAAAAACUCCGUUCGUGACAAAAAAAAAAAAAAAAAAAAAAAAAGAUAGAAAAGCUUGAAAAGCAGAGUAGCAAAGUUAACUUCCUGGUGGCCAGGUUUGGGAAGAGGGGAUUGGAAAUAGGGAUCUCCUCACGUAGCAGGUGGUGGGCAGGGGCAGCUACACCUCGAUUCCUGGAAUAACCUUUUGUGUGUGGUCUGAGCAGACAGACACAAUCGGGCUCAACACUGGUGUAAAAUCCACCUCUGAGUUGCUGAGUGAACCUCUCUACGUUUUCCAAGUGAUUAAUCCAAAGGUUUAGGAAACACACAUAGCAUUACUUACACUAAGAAUUAGGCUUUGCACGUGGGAGCACUCCUCAGAGGAGAAGCUGCUCGUGUAAUUGAAAUAGCAAAUACAACAUCAAAAUGCAAUUUGUAGUAAAAAGAGGAUCUCAGAGCUGCCCUACACCAUGUCGCCAUCAGGAGCAGACUGUAGUUUGUGUGAAGAGAACUUUAGGGAAAGAAGUGGCCUCUAAGCUUUAAGGUAGCCUUCUUUAAAUUAAUGAGUAGAUGGAUAAGUGUUGAAUAAACCUAUUAAUCCUCCAUAGGUAGUUUUUAGUUGCUUGAAAAAAAAUAACUCAACCCCCCUGGUGUUUACACUGCAUCAGAACGUAGGCAUGUUUUCCUGGAAUACUUGGUAUUCUUCUUCUUAAUAGUAUUGGAAAUUAUGGCAAGAGGGAAAUAAGUAGUUAGGGAAUUGACUUAAUUUGCAUCUGUUAAAUACAUUUAAGCAGACUUUACUUGAGUAGAGCCAGUCAUGGCCAUAGUGUUACAAAGCUGUUCCAGGUUCCAAAUACUGUAUUAUGAGCACUUUAAGGUUGAGUUCUCACUCUUUGCUGGUAAUAAGUUUUGCCCUUUAAAGGCCAGAGUGCUGAGCCAGAAGGGAGGCUUGAAGUUUCUUCAUCUGCUUUCUGCCUUAAUGUGUUUGUUUUAUCACUGGUGACUGUAGAGUAGCAAGACUUUUAAUUCUGAUAAUAAAAGGUGCAGUUGAAAUUUCAGAACAAAAUAAGCUGUAUUUGUACUGUUGAGUAUCAGGGAAGAUUAAAUGGGUUUAAUAUCUUACCUCACAGUGGGGUUGUGAGGCUGAACUGCAA